CAGUCGCAAUUUUACUGUCGCUGAGGCCGAACGUGCGCGCGGCCAACGAGCCUAUUGAAUUAAGAAACGGAAUCUCAAAAGAGCCGUUAAAAAACGACAUAUUCUUCUACUAACAAAUCGCAUGGCAAGUGCAUUUCACAAUUGCAGGUGAAAUUUUUAGCGACACCUUCUUUCAAGCCGGGCGCUAUCUUUAGGCCAUUGUCGGUGUCUUUCAGUGUGUGUUGGCUAAUUCGCUAAUUUCUGCGGCCAGUCAACGCUAAUUGGCUAAAUCUGUGGACUUUUUGUCGGUCACCCCCCCCAAGUAAAUAUCAAGUUUCAAUAUUUACCGUGUGCUCGACAAAAAUUCAAGAAUUGUCGGUGGUUUUCGGCUUCGUUUCGCCAGUUGUCAAUUUGCCGGUGAAUUUAGAAAUCGAAAAUUGUUAAUUGUGUUUGUGCCAAAAAAAUAAAGAAAAAAGAUUUAAAAAAAAAACCAACUGUUUUCCGUUGACUCUAAUUGGAAAUUGUUUUCUGUUGAUUCGACCAAUUUAAAAGCAACCGAAUUGAAUUGGAAACUUUAAAGCUGUCCCAGUUCUUGCAACAUCAGCUGGACAACAGUGCGAAGACGGUUUAUUAGCACUUUAGCAAUUUUCACAGCGAUGUAAAAAGCUGACAACGAAGCAAAGGAAAACCAAUUGAAUCCCCACUAAAACCAGAACACAACAGAAGAAGCAGCAACAGCAGCAACCACAAGGAAUCACAUUAAGUGUGCAACAUGAGCAGCAACCGCGGCCAAAUGAUGUUGAGCUGCCUAGUAAUUACCUUAGGUUUAUUGGCACACACAUGCCAGGCACAGAUGCAUUUAAGCGGCGCCAGUGCUGGCGUCAGCUUCCCCAAUGCCAAUGGCGGCGCCCCCUCACCGCUGGCGGAGGGCGUGUCAAAGCCACGUCGCAUGUAUGCCAUGUGCCCGCCACAAUUUCAACGUGUGGGCUUCGAUUGCUACUCGCUGGUGUCGCAGCGCAGCAGCUGGCUGGAGGCGCAUUUCUUCUGCAAGGACAAGAACGCCAAUCUGGCGGAGCCCACAAAGUAUGCGGAUCGCAAGCUGAGAACCUUCCUGGAACGCCAGGAUUCGCUUGCGGGCGAACAUGACCCCAUUUGGAUUGGAGCUACCUACGACCAUCACAACAAGUUCUGGCAAUGGAGCGUUAGUAACCGUAACUUGACCUACAAUGCAUUCACGGAAAUGGAUCCCACCUAUGUGCAACUUAUCUCCAACAGCAAGUCAUUGGACAAUAGCUGCGCUGUCUACGAUCCGGAAACAAAGUAUCGCUGGUCGGCUCGUUCCUGUCCGGACAAGCUGCGUUUCAUUUGCCAGCACAAGAUGCCCAAAGUAAGCGCGGCGAAUCGUGAGAAGAUCUACAAUCGCUGGAACACAACCUAUCCCGGUGCAUUGGCCAAUGAGGUUGUGCUGGAGGUCAUCGAUCGUCGCGGCUCGGAUCGCAGAUAUCACCGCCGCGUCAAGGCCGAAGGAAGCGAUGAGGAAAUGACAAUUCCCGCUCGCAAGCGUCGUCCCGGCAAUCGUCGCUUCCAGCAACGCAAUCGCCAGCAGCAGCAGCAGCAACAACAACAACAACAACAACAGCAACCAUCGUACCACAACGAUGUCAACUAUCCGCAAAGACAGCAGCGACCACGCAAGCGUCCACGUGUGAGCACAACGCCCGCUCCCGGAACGCUGAUUAACAAUGGAAACGAUGUGCCAUCGACAGCCGGACAACCGUCGCCAACUCCAACGAAUCCACAGAAGAUGACGGACUACGAUCGCAAGUUGCAGCGUCAGCGUGAGAAGGAGCGUCGCAGACAGCAGAAGAGAGCCGAACGUCAGCAGCGCAUGCGUCAAGAACGUCGCGAACGUCGUCGCAAGCAGCAGGAGGAGCAAAGCAGACGCAAGCAGCUAGAAGAACAACAGCGCCAGCAGCAACAGCAACAACAACAGCAGCAGCAACAACAACAACACGUGGAUACACCGCAACAACAUGAGCCACAAAGUGAACCCGAAGCGCUGCGUCAGCGUGCCAUCGAGGAGCAGCAGCGACAAGAUCGUGAGCAACGUGAACAGCGUGAGCGUCUGGAUAAGCAGCAGAAGCAACACCUGAAGGAGCAGCGACAACGUGAGCUGCAGCAACUGCAGCAGCAACACGACGAAGCGGCACGCCAACGCAUCGCUGACGACGAAGCACUGCGUCUUCGUCAGGAGCGUCUGCAGAAGCAACGUGAACGCGAGGAGGAGGAACGCCUGGCCCGGGAGGAACAGCAGCGCAAACAGCAGGCGGCGCAGGAGGCCGCGAAUCUGGAGUACUCGAAGCAACGUCUCGCCGAGGAGCAGCGUUUGCGCGAAGAGCACGAGGAGCGACUGAAGCAGGCCAAGACCGAGCAGAUGCGCAAGCUGCAAGAGGCACACGAAGCCAAGCGACGCGAACAACUGGAAAUACAGCAGCAGCUGGAGGAGCAAGAGCGUCAGCGUCAAGAGCAAAUUAAGCGUGAACAGGAGGAGGAGGAGAAGCGCCAGGAACUGAAGCGUCUGGAAGAGACGCGUCUCUUCGAGCAGCGUGAACUGGCGCGCCUCCACGAAGAGAACGCUCGCCGCGAGGAGCUGCAGCGUCAACGCGAGGCGGAGAUCGAGCAGCGCAAGGCCGAGGAGCGCAAGCUGGCCGAGGAGGAGGAGCGACUGAAGCAGGAGCUGCGCGAGGAGGAGAAGGCGCGCAGUCGCCAGCUGGAGGAGGACAUGAAACGUGCCGAGGAGGAGCGCAAGCAGCGCGAAGAGGCCGAGAAAGCAGCGGCUGCUGCGAAAGCCAAGGAGCAGAAGGAAAAGUUCGAGGAGGCCAACAAGAUUGAGAACGCUAAGGUGGCCGACAAGCUGCUGGACAAGCGUCGGCAAUACGCUUCGCGCAUAGCGAAGCUGAGUCCCGAGGAUCAGGAGCGUUUCGCUGAGAUGCGCAAGAUGCGCAAACAGAUGAAGGAGAAGCAGCUCAAGCAGCAGCAGCAGAAGAAACUCAAGCGGAUAGAGGAGGCCAUCAGGCUGAACAACCUGCAGUAAACACACUGAGCCAUUACACAAACUAACAAACUAAAGAAAACUACAAAAAAAAAAACCUAAAAAAAAAAUACAAAAACGAAAACAUAUCGUCUACAUUUUUGGGAGUCAUUUCUUUUUUUCUCUAUGUUAUCUUUUGUUUUAUGCUUUCGAAGAAAAACAAAACAAAACAACACGCAAAAGUAUUAUUUACAAUAAUAAUAGAAGAAAAAACAACCUAUAACGAACAUCUUAAACAUCGUGCACAUUUUUUGCGAAAAUAUUACGCAGAUAUUUUCCAACGAAAAAUUGAAAGAGUUCCAACUCGCUCCACACACAAUGUACAGCUAAACUAUAUAAAACACAAAAAAGAAAACUAACUAAAUAUAUAAUAUAAAAUAUACAUUAAAAAGAAAACUAGAUGGCCUAGCAAAUAGACCCAAAAUGUUUCCUUAAUCACCAAAAUAGCAAUUAGCGCAAAGCAUUUCAAAUAAAUACAAAUAAUAAUAUUAUACACACAUUUUUUAACAAUUAAUAUGCACAAAAUGGAACACCGAAAAAUAAAAUAAAAGUUUACUACAUUUAAUGAACACUCCCCCCUCUCUCCUGCUUUCCCCUCCACUCUCUUCUAAAAAAGGAUUCUUCUAUCGGCCAAGAAGCAAUAAGUUUUAAGAUAAUAAUUAUAAUACUAUGAAAACCUUUUUAUAACAAAACAAAAAAAAUACUUUAACUAUAUGCCUAAAAGAAGAGAAGAUUAAUGCAAAAGGCUAAGCGAAACUAUUGUACUAACUAAUUAGGUUAUAUAUAUUUUAUAUUUUUAAUAAUUAUUGUAUGUUUAAAUGUGUAAAUUUAUUGUAUUUUUUAAUAUGUACCUCAAAUGCAAAAACAAA